AUGUUUCCCAAAUUGCCCCUUCCUCGGCCACCCUCACACUGCCUUUAUUUUCUCAGCUUUUUUCCGAACGGUUCUGGUGCUAUAUAUGGCCUCCGUCACUCUUAUUAUCUCACUCUGUGUGUAUCAGGAGGUGUCGUUUGGCUGAAGACGGUGGUGUUAAUGGUGGCGGCUGCAGCGAUGUUAACCUGCGUGAUGUGUAGAAGUCCGGUGCGCCACCUUGUCGGGGGGAAGGAAAUGUGGAAACCGAAUUAUAAUUACACUGAUUGGUCUCGUGAGGAGACGUUCUACGUCGGCGACUGGCUCUAUUUCGUAUACGACAAGCACAUGUUCAACGUGUUGGAGGUGAACGAAACCAGCUACAAAAACUGCACAGAUCCAGGAUUCAUCUUCAACAUCACGAGAGGUGCUGGACGUGAUGUGUUUGAGCUCACUCAACCAAAGCCAUAUUACUUUCUUGCAAGUGGAGGUUACUGUUACAAUGGCAUGAAAGUCGCUGUGAAUGUGGUUGAAUUCAUUCCACCUCCGGCUCCUCAGCCUUCUCCGGCCAAAAGUGGUGGCACUACAAUCGCCGGAAUCAGUUAUCCUCUUAUCUCAUCAAUCGUUAUUGCCACAUGGGCUGUUUUCAUCAUGAAUCUAUGAAGAUUAUUCAAACAGGUACCUCUUCUUCGAAGGGGAAGGAGUCGGCACGAUAACAACGUAUCACACACACACACAGAAUUUCCGCAUUAUGAGAUUCUUGGGAUUGUACUCUGACAUUAUUACUAUUUUAUGAUAUGGUUUUGAGACACGUGACUAUGUUUUAUGAAAUGAUAUGAAUCGAUGAUG